GGGGGCAGCAACGGGAACAUACUUUCACAAACUCUCAGCGUCUUCAAAGAAACGGCGCACAUCUCCACCUCAGAAGAAGACGCGCAGGGGAGAACGUGUAGAAAGGAGAAAAGCAAAGAUCAACCAGAGACGCCUCAACUUUCCUUGGCACAUACAUCCGAAGGCACACCUCAUGGCGGCCAGAGCGCAGGGAGCUCCGACGAAGAGGCAAACCAGCGCUUUUGACGUGCUCUAUCCUGAGCUGGUGGACUACAUCGUGGAAAAAGCUGCAAAGUGUACUCCGUUGAAGCGGCUGGGAGGGGUGCAGUGGACCAGCGUACAGGCACGUGCUGAAGGUACCCUGGACGUGCUUCUUCAACGCCUUCCUGCUUCGAGGCUCUCUUUGAAGAGCUUGGACCUGGACCUGAGCUCGGGAGGGAAGGCGGAGCUUGCCUUUGACGUGAACAAAGACAUGAGGCGCAUUCUCCAAGUGUUCCCCAACCUCGAGAAUCUGAAACUGCGAGGAGACUGGUUCGCUCCUUGCGAGGCGACGAACCAGCUCACAGACAAGGAUGACCUGAACACCUGCCUCACCACCCUAGUUCUUUCCAGCUUCAAGCUGCCGCCUUGUUCACAAGUGUUCAAGAGCCUGUCUUUCCUCACAGCUCUCCGCUCGCUACAGCUUACUUGCGAGUUCGACGGCAGCCUGGCACUCUCCCCUUCUGCUUCCUGCUCUCUUCCUAGCUUGCAGGCCCUUCAGACCUUGCAGAUAGACGUUUUUGAUGAAGCUCUGGUGGAUUCUCACUUCCUUCCCAACUUGGCAGAGCACUGUCCUAAUCUGCAGCGCUUGCUGCUUCGCACAGUUCCCGUCUAUGCACAGGGCAAAUCUGUUGGCGAACUGGCGCCUCAAAUUGCGGAGCUACAGGAAAAGUGUCCGCUGCUCGAGCAGAUUGUCAUCAGCCGCAGCGAAAUGUUGUUCAGAGCUCGGUUCUUGGAGGUUCUUGUUCAGUCUGACCUUGCACCAGAGGGUUAUGUUGACAUUUCAGACUUCAAUGUUCCUAUAAUGAGCAAGAAGGGCUCGAAGAUGCUCAUUUUGGAGGACAGCACGCCCGAGGGGAGUGAGCUUUGGCGGGGAUCUUGUUCUGUGACUUUGUUCCGGUUCGUAGUCCUGUUUCCAUUCGAGGAGCGGCGGAUCCCAGGAGACCGGAAACGGAUCCAAAGACGGCUCCUGGGAAACGCUGCUGCCAUCAGCAGCUGGUUUCACGCCUUUGUUUAA